AGGAGAAGGAAAGGUAGGCGUGUCGACGAGUUCCUCCUUUGGUACCGCGACCUUUCGAACCACAUUCUGCUGCCGUUUGAUCGAUCAGAAUCCUCCUUAAGUUUCCAUAUGGAACAUAUAGUUCAUAAUGAAGUUGGCCCAUCUACAGCAACUGGUCUAAGCAGCCACAGCAAUGACACUGAUGAUGAUAGGAUGAUUGCGCUUGUUCUCUCAGAAGAAUAUGAAAAGUUAGAUGGUGCAGUUUCUAGACGCCUUGCUAAUCUGGCUUCAGUGCCUCAUGUUCCGCGGAUAAAUACAUUUAUUCCCAGCUUGAGUGAUGCCACUCUAGAUCACCAGCGGCUUCUCCAAAGGUUAAAUGCUUAUGGCCUAUAUGAAGUUAAGGUCUCUGGGGAUGGCAAUUGUCAGUUUCGUGCAAUAUCUGAUCAGUUAUACAGAUCCUCGGAAUAUCAUAAACAUGUUCGGAAAGAGAUAGUAAAGCAGCUUAAGGAAUUCCAUGCUUUCUAUGAAGGGUAUGUCCCCAUGAAGUACAAGCGCUACUAUAAGAAAAUGGCCAAAUCCGGCGAAUGGGGAGACCACAUUACAUUACAAGCUGCAGCUGAUAAGUUCCAAGCAAAAAUAUGUCUUCUAACUUCAUUUAGAGAUACCUGUUUUGUGGAGAUUGUACCACAAAAUCAGGCUCCUCAAAGAGAGCUAUGGCUGAGUUUCUGGUCUGAGGUGCACUAUAAUUCAAUUUAUGAACUCCGAGAUCUUCCAACUCAACACAAGCCUAGAAAGAAGCAUUGGCUAUUCUAGGUUGGUGUUCGACACCUGUUUGGAUUGAGAGGUUGUUUCUCUUGGCGGACAUGUACAUUGGUUGAUUAUAUAUUUUUUUUAUAUUUUGUUGUUUUCCUUUUUUUAUAGAUUUAUUUGUACGCUUAUAAUGAUACUGACAUUAUAAAUGGCAUUCUUUCAUAUUGUU